GGUGCGCCGCGAAUCGGCGUAGCUUCCGCGAAAGGGACGCGGGUUUAAGUUACCGCACUAAGGGAUCCGGCCCCCUCGGUUUCAGACGUGGCGGCCGGUCUGAGAAACGUAGCUUCACAGUUCUGCCCGCUCGCAGACUUGCCCGGCCGCGGUUCCGAGUUCUGCAGAAUCCAUUACUGGACAGAUCCCGCCCUCUCCCGGCCCCGGCCCCGCAGGACACGAGGAUGUGGCGUAGGGCGAUGGUGGCAGCGGUGCUGGCGCUGAUUGUGGGCAUCUGGCACCGCUCCGAUCCCGAGCUCCCUGAGCGGGCCGUGCGGUACCUCUCCGCCUCCCUGCGCUCCCUGCAGGGCGGCGCCGGCACCGCGGCCGCCGAGCAGACCAUCGCCGCGGCCUGGGAGGCUCUCAUCACGUCCCCUGCCAAGCAGUGGAGCCGCGUGGCUGUGGGGGUCAAUGCCUGUGUAGAUGUGGUGGUCUCGGGAGUGGGGCUCCUCCAGGCUCUUGCUGUGGAUCCUGGAGCGGGGCAGGAUCACGACGUGCUGCGCUCCAAAGAGGACCUGAAGGAGACCUUCAUCCACUACAUGGAGCAGGGAGCGGCCGCAGAGAGAUUUUACAGCGACAAGGAGACCUUCCAGAGGAUAGCCCGGGCCGCGGUGGAGUACCCUGGGGCCCAGCUCUAUGUUGGUGGAAAUGCUGCUCUUAUUGGUCAAAAACUGGCAACACACCCCCACUUGACAGUGCUGCUGUGUGGCCCCAUGGGGCCAAAACUCCACGAGCUGCUGGACGAGCAGAUCGUGGUCCCACCAGAGUCCCUCCAGGAGACGGACGAGUUCCACCUCAUUCUGGAGUACAAGGCAGGAGAGCGGUGGGGUUCCAGCGUGGCCCCGCAGGCGAGCCGCUUCAUCUUCUCCCACGACCGGGCCAACGGGGAGAUGAGCGCCCUGGAGGUGUUUGUGGCCAGCCUGGAGGACUUCCAGCCCGACCUGGUGGUGCUGUCUGGCCUGCACAUGAUGGAGGGCCAGGGCCGGCAGCUGUGGGAGCAGCGUCUCCGCGAGGCUGUAGUGGCCAUGUCGGACAUCCCCAAUGAGGUGCCCAUUCACUUGGAGCUGGCCAGCAUGACGGACAAGGACUACAUGAACAGUAUAAUGCAGGAGCAGGUCCUCCCCAUCGUGAACUCCAUCGGCCUGAACGAGCAGGAGCUGCUGUUCCUGUCCCAGGCGGGCUCCGGCCCCCACUCGCAGCUGGCGGCGUGGGACGGCGUGCCGGACGUCGGCCGGGUCAGCGACAUCCUCCUGUGGGUCCUGACGCAGCGCGGCCGGGCGGACGCCGGCUCGGAGGCCGACCUGACCCGCGUCCACUUCCACACCCUCGCCUACCACAUCCUGGCCACCGUGGACGGCUUCUGGGCCAACCAGGUGGCGGCGGUGUCCGCGGGGGCCCGGGUAGCGGGGAGCCAGGCCUGUGGGACGCAGGCCAUCGAUGCCAGCAGGGUGGUCCUGAAGGCCCCUCUGGAGUUCUACACGUCCCACGCGGAGCCCAGGGAGAGAGUGACUCUCAGCCCCGCCGAGCCUGUGGCCGUGUGGCGCAGGGAGAACGUCUCUUUCCACCUGACCCCCGUGCUGGUCUGCAAGCAUCCGCUACGGACCGUGGGCCUCGGCGACGCGAUUUCCGCAGAGGGACUCCUGUACUCUGAAAUGAUCGAGCAGUAGGUGACAGCGGGGGGGCAAAGGCGUCUUGCUCUGUUCAGCAAUGUGCAGGCUUUGAGGCAAGAGUUUCUUUUUCAGUGGCGGCUGGGGUGAUGUACCAGAAGACGCUUUACCAUGAAACUGGUGUCAUUGACUGCACUCUUCUGUAUGACACAAAAACCUUAAUCACAGUGAGCAGAUUCUAAGCCAUUUUUUAUGCUUCUAGGGGUUCUACCAUUUACCUCAAUUUAUUUGUAUUACUACAAUAAUGUCGCGGAAUUCAUGGGUUAACAUUAUUUGCCUUAUGUGAACACAAAUUGACCAGUUUUGAAUCAGUAAUGUGGAAUAUCAUUGUCCCGGUUGCUGUAGAGUCAGGUCACUUCACCAUACUUGGGUUUCAGAUGUACUGGGGCGUGUUUGUGCCACUGUUUGUAGACAGUAUCGAAAAGAAAACAGGUUUAAAAAACAUCCAGUGUAUAUUGUUGCAUCAAAUGAUGCCCUUGAUCUUAAACUUUGUGCCACCUCUCUUUUUACAACCAGGUCAAGUACUUUACAAAAUGGUAGACUAACAAAAUAUUGUCAGGAAAAUUAGAGUAAAGCAGUUCACGUAUUUUACAGCUAUUUUGAACAAACCAAUGUGAACAGCAUUAAUCGAAGGGGUUUCCUGGUUCUGACACUGAAGAAGAUGUUUCACUCUAGUGUGCACAUUGAUGGAGGAGCAAGAAAAGCUUGCAUCUUCAAGGGAUGCAGUUUUAGUCUUAUGAAUUAAAUCCUGUUGGUUUAUCCAUUUUCUUCCAGUGAAAGAUUGAUCUUUUUAUGCAGUACCACGACAUGCGACAUUCACUUGAAAAUAUUCCUCUUCCUUCUGGUGGGAUCUUCGUCACCUUCCUCUGCCACGGACGACUCAGCCACAUGUUUAAUUAAUGGAGCGUGUCAUGUAAGGCAUUUUAGUCAAGCAAGCUAACCUCCAGAUCACAACAAAUACUGAAUAUGCCAUCCAGCUGAGUGGUGGAUUGAUUCCACGAGUUUUAAAGAUAAUUUUAAAUGCAUAAUUUUGCUGCCUUUACUCAAAACGUACAAUUUUUAAAUUUAGUUUAAGCUUUAGGCAUUUUUUGCACAUACUUUACUUUAAGUCUAUGUGUAA